AUGGACAGUCUACAUAAAGGAUGGUUCACCGAGUUUUCUCCUGAUGAUCUUGAAAAGAUCAAAAACACGGGUAAUGGCCAAGAUAAACAACUUCGUUCGGAUGGACAGGAAAUGGGUGGAGCAUGGCCGGGACAAGCGUUUUCAUUGCAAGUGCAAGAAGUUCUCUUUCAUGAAAAGAGUCAAUAUCAAGAUGUUCUUGUUUUCAAAAGUGAAACUUAUGGAAAUGUUUUGGUUUUGGAUGGGAUUAUUCAAUGCACGGAACGGGAUGAAUUUUCAUAUCAAGAAAUGCUUGCUCACUUGCCCCUUUUUGCACAUAAAGACCCAAAAAAAGUGUUGAUCAUUGGUGGUGGAGAUGGUGGAAUUCUGAGAGAAGUUCUCAAACAUAAAGCUGUAGAAAAAGUUACAAUGUGUGAGAUCGAUCAAAUGGUUAUCGACGUCUCGAAAAAAUUUCUACCGCACAUGUCUCAUGGGUUUUCUGAUCCAAAGCUUGAUCUCUAUGUGGGAGAUGGAUUCGAGUUUCUGAAGAAUCAUAAGAAUGAGUUUGACGUGAUCAUUACCGAUUCAUCAGACCCAGUUGGACCUGCUGAGUCGCUAUUUGGAGAGUCUUAUUAUGAACUUCUUCGAGAUGCUUUGAAUGACACCGGAAUUUUAUCCUCACAAGGUGAAAGCUUUUGGUUGCAUCUUCCCUUACUUCAACACCUCAUUGCUUUCAAUAGACGCCUCUUUUCAAAAGUUCAAUAUGCGUCAAGUCCUGUCUCUACUUAUCCAUCGGGGUCGAUGGGCUAUCUAAUCUGUGGGAAACAGGAUCAUGACCUUUCCGUGCCAGCUCGUAUCCUGGACUCGGCUGCACUCAAGGAAAUGAAAUUGCGAUACUAUAACUCAGAGAUUCACCGAGCGGCCUUCGUUUUACCGCAAUUUGUUAAAGAGGCUUUUGAA